UAAAAUGAGCAUCGAUUGAUUACAUAUUCUACGUUCCAAUUUUAUAUGCGUAUUGAUAGAAUUAGUGGGUCUAUUAAUCAAUGGUAUACCGCAAUACAUUAUUUUCCACGUAAUAUAAGUAUAUUACUAGUUAGAUACCAAAUAGAAACAAAUAGAAUAAACGAAUAAACGAAACCAGAAACGUAAACAUAGGGUAACGUGAGGAAACGUAAACAUUAGGUCAUCCGGAAUUUUUUGCGUUCGUCGCUCGGGGCCUUAUCUCGUUCUGCUCAAGUAAACAAACCACCAAAUCACUCUACCGUCAAUCGUGUGGUCACUAGUUAUCCUCUGGUAAGGCAAGAGAACAUUCUCGACGUUAGUAGAAAAUGUAUCGAGAGUUUUUUGCGUGGUGAAAGAUGAAAGACCAAAAGAUACAUUUUCGUCACGUUAUGUUUCACUGCUUUAACAAAGAUAGUACGUUUAAAAAGGAGAUUUAUGACGUUUAUAGUGAUCGGUCUAUAACUGUUCAAAUAGUCCGGAAUUGGUUUAGGAGGUUUAGAAACGGAAAUUUUAAUCUGGAAGAUGAAGAUCUCAGCGGUUGUCCAUCCACCACUGAUACUGACCUUAUCAAGGCCUACCUCGAUGAAUACCUAAGGUUUAGUGUUCGUGAAAUAGCAGAUGCUUUAAACAUUCCGCAAACAACGAUUCAUGAGCAUUUAACAAAUCUUGGGUACGUUAAUCGCUACGAAAUGUGGGUCCCCCAUCAACUGACGGAGAGCAAUCUCCUGAAUCGAAUCUCAACAUGCGAUUUGCUAAUUCAACGCAAUAAAAGAGAGCCAUUCUUAAAAGAGUUAAUUACUGGGAAUGAAAGUUGGAUUCUCUACAACACUGUGCGCAAGCGAUCAUGGUGAAGUCGAGAUAAGUGUCCUCCAACGGUAGCAAGACCUGGACUUCACCCGAAGAAUGUACUGCUUUCAAUUUGGUGGAACUGCAAGGGUAUCCUCUACUACGAAUUACUUCCGGAAGGGCAAACGAUCAACAGUGAAAAAUAUUGUACCCAACUCGAAAAACUUAAGGAAGCCAUUAUCACAAAACGUCCUGAAGUGGUGAACAAACGUGACGUCGUGUUCCACCACGAUAACGCGAGGUCACAUGUUUCUUUAGCGGUGCGAAUGAAACUUCUAGAGUUUGAUUGGCAUGUUUUACCACAUUCUCCAUACUCUCCAGACGUUGCACCACUGGACUAUUAUUGUUCCCUUCUUCGCAAUAGAAAAUUCAAAUCAGUAAACGAAAUGAAAAACGGACUCGAAGAAUAUUUUAAAAGUAAGUCGAAAAAAUUUUGGAAAAAUGGCAUUAUGAGGCUCCUGGAGAGAUGGCAAAAGGUGGUAGAAGACAAAGGAUCAUACAUUGUUUUAAGAAAGGUACACAGAAGGAAAUAUAUUUUAUACUCGCCUCCUAUUUAAAAAACGAGAAGAACAUUCCUGAUAACCUAAUAAAAAAGGAAAAUGCAGAGUUUAAUAAAUUCUUUGAUUUGUAUCAAUUCUUUAUAAUCAUAACUGAAAUACGAAUGAACUAUGACGUAAAUAAAAUAAAUUUCAUCUAUUAUUCUUAUUUUUAAGCUGCAUUUACAUGUUAUUAUGCUACUAAAUUAUAUAAACAGCCUUCCUUUUAAGUAAAUUUUAUUAUCCUAUAGGCGAUAAAAUAGUAUAAGUAAACCAUUAGUCAGACUCCGGGCAGUAAAACGCAACAGAAUCGUCUCUCCUAAUCGAAUAUCAGCGCAAUUAAAUUACGCAAUAAAACAGCCAUACUAAACCCAAAUGAAACACCGAGUAAACGAAAGCAAGUUACUCAAACGGCGGGUAAUACCUCGGCAAACAAUUGCGAAUAAAUUUCUCAACUCAAGAUGGUUCCUCGGCGGAAUCCUCGUGCGAACUUCAGCAGAGAUUCACGAAACGUUUCCACGAGGAAACAGGGAGGAAUAAUUCUACAGAGGUAGGGUGAGACACAUCCUGUCUACAGACGUUCUCGUAUCGACAAUACUAAGGGACGAGGGAAAGAUUUAGGAGGAAGACGGUCGAGUAUAGUGAUUCGAUUAACGUCGUGUAAACUUGAUCUACUUUACGUACAGCUAACUCGUUCUUUGAACCUGUGUCAGGAUUGCAAGAUUGCAACCCACGGUUACACGUACAUCCUCCUUAUAAUAUAUUCACGAGCGUAGACCAGCGAACCACGCAUUUUCAUAACGGCACACGUACGCAACAUCAGGCGGCUUGUGACACGCUUGAAACGAUAGAGCGUGAGAUAGUCGAGGCUGGAUUAGCGACUAAACUGCCACCCAUCUUGCUGGAUCAUUCCAGUCACGAACCUGACACCUGAUGAAGUUCCGAAGUUUUAUGACCUUAAUAACUAGUUACAGGGUAAAUUCAAGGACAACUUGUCGAAAGGGCAGAUUCCAGUUACUUGUUAGACUCACUUGUUGAGCACUGAUUUACCAUUUCUUCCAUUGGCUAGCACAAUUGUUAGAAGCUAAUCGAAUGAAACAAUAUAACAUGAAAAUAUAAUAUCAAAAUAAUCAUUGUUAUUAGGUGAACACAUGAAGCUUUUAUCAAUUGAUAUAUCACUAAAUCAUACGUUAUAGAAAAAAAUGUUCAACUUUAAAAUAGUAUACAAUGAUAAAUCUAUAAAGAUAACGCUACUGGAAAGAAGAUUUAAAGAUUGAUAUAAAGAAAGUGCAUAUUUCAUAUGUUACAACCUAAUACUUAAAAUAAGGAUCUUUCCGAGGAAAAAUAAUAUGGAGGAAAAUUAGCCGUGUAUUAUUAUAGUAGCAGCGCAUGCGUCUAUCCUUAACAGAUUUUCCUUCGCAAUUAUUCAUCUUAAAAGAAUAUUCAAAUUUUUGGUGUUUAGUUGUUUUUUUUUUGGAAGGAAAAAAGAUUGUUGGUAUUUAAAUGUUCAUAUUUAAAAAAUGAGAAGAAUUUCGAUAUUUAAAUGUUCAUCUUAAAAGAAAGAUAUUUGUCGUUUAAAGAAUGAUACAACAAGCGAUGUAUAAGAGGAAAAAGAUGUAGAUAAAUUCAGGAGCAAUCUUAUACAAUUUAGAAACCAAAGACACGUUUAAUGAGAAUGUGCGAAAGAGCGUAACGUUAGGGCAAUAGGUAUGUUACGAAGCACGAUGUGCAAGCACGAUCCGUAACUUUCCAGUGGCAAGGAGCGACUGACCGUGCAUGAGAUAAGCGAAGCGUAUCAGUAAUUAAAUGGUUUAAGAUAUGCGAUCUUUUCGAAGUGGAAUCGUUCCGUCACCCAUGCGACACGUGCAACACGCGAAACGAGGCCGCUAGUGUUUUACGAUUCUAAUCGAGGAACAACGUGGCGCCCAGUCGUCGAUGGAAAUUCUGCCAAUGGAACGUCGCACAACCACCCAAUAUAUUCGUUUGAAGUAUAACUGCGGCUGAAACUUUGGUUAUGCACACUCCAUCUAUCGGAUAACAAGAGUUUACGUUGAGUAUCGUUGGACAAGAUUCAUUAUUUUUUCGCGUUUUCGUUUAUUUUCGUUUGAAUCAUGCUUCACAAUUUUGUGGAUCAACGAUACGACGAUACGAGUACCAUGAACGAAGGAGAUAGAAGAAAGUUCAACGUUCCUUACGAACGUCCAAUAUCAAAUCGAAGCAAACACACCGUCGUAUUGAAUUACAGCAGAGUAUUCACGAAAUAUUGGCGAUUAUACUGCAAGCACACAACUUUAGUGGGUCUGAAGUAUUUUUUGAAAGAUGAAGUAACCUGGUUGGAGAAGUUCCUAUGGCUUCUCGUAUACAUAAUCUCCAUAAUUUGCGGCUUUCUCCAGAUGGUCAAUAUUUAUCAGGCGUACAAAGAUAUACCAGUAACAGCCACGUUAGAGUCGGAGUAUUUUCCAACUAAUGAAUUAAAAUUCCCCGGUAUGAAGCGAACAUCAGUAAUUUGACCGUGAAUGAAAUUCUUCACGAAAUACGGAAAGUCGGUGAUUUGUACGAUUCGCCAUUUACCACUGCUGGUGAUUACACUCAGAUUAUUCAGCUGAUGUCCAAGUUUUACGGGAAUAAUUACGAUAUCACCGACGUAAUGGAACGUCUAACACCACAGUGUUCGUCUAUGUUACUCAACUGUUAUUUCCGCAAUCAGAGAAUGAAUUGCUCUGAUAUAUUCAGUGUCGGAAAAACGAAAAAUGGAUUCUGUUGCAUUUUUAAUUAUAUUGCUGAGAGUUUUGGUGAUGCUCCUAAGUUUUUUAAACAGGAGGAAUUUAAAUUGUAUUAUGUCGGAGACAUAGGUAUACAGAACGGUUUAACUGUGACGAUGGAUCCCUUAUUGGAUGAUUAUUUUUACACGAUACUACCCACUAUUGGUUGGAAGGUGAUGAUAUUCGACCCUUACGAUUACCCUGACUCGGGUAGCGGCAGCGUUUCGGACAUUCUGCUUGGUCCGUUAACCGAGAAGUACGUACGUUUGAAGGCGGUUGGGUUGUACAGUACCGACAAUAUUCGCUCAUAUUCGAUGCAGAAACGGGGCUGCAUUUUUUCCGACGAAUACGUUUCGGACGACACGCCUUACACCUAUAAUGACUGCAUAGUCGCCUGCAAAGUGGAGCACGUAUGGAACCAUUGCAAAUGUAGAGUGUUUUUCUAUCCAUAUGACGAAGAUUUCCACAGAACUUGCAAUAUGGAGAAUAUACAUUGUUUAUUGCAAUAUUACGAUGUAGCGUUUAACAUCGUACCUUAUAAAGACAAUAAUUUAAAUAGCUCGCUCGAUGAUCAGAAUGCAACAAUGUAUUGCAAAAAUUGUUACCCUGAAUGUGACGAUAUGAGAUAUUAUGUGCAAAGUACUAUAUCUAACAUAGAGCCUGGAUACUUCGACACAGAAUUAUUUCCAGACAUGAACGUAACGAAUCAUAGUGUUCUGCAUGUGUAUUUUCCAAAUUCGGGAACCGAGUUUUUGAAACAAGACGUGACUACCCGUUGGUACGAGUAUUUGGGUGAAGUUGGAGGACUCUAUGGACUUUACGUUGGCAUCAGCAUCAUUAGUUUCGUAGAACUGAUUUAUUUUAUCAUAUUAUGGCUCACUGAAGUGUUUAAAUCUCUCGAGGUACUAGAAGAAGAAAUUCCUCAUGAAAAUGCUAUACAUCCUAUUUAUUGGAAUGAAUUCUUUCCACAUCCAAGGGCUGUCAUGAAUAAUUAAUGAAAAUAGUAUUUGCUUCUGAUAUACAUUCGAUGUAUUUCUAUAUAUCUGCACUGUUCGCUUCACUGUUCGCUCGUUUUGCCAUUCAAUAAAUGUGCUUGCUUCUUAAAAGUUUCUUAUUUAUAUACUGGAAUCCUAUCAAUAAACAAACUUGUAAUAUAAUUACAAGAAGCAGAACUACUUUUAUCGAAAUAUUAACAAUUCCUGUUCUAUUGACCAAACUAUCAGUGUUAGAGAUUACGAACAGCAGCGAGUUUCUAACAUUUGAAAAAUCUUACUUUCACAAGAACAAUUCGUUGA